CCAACUGCCAUGCCAUGUGGUUUCUCCCCUCCCUACGUCGUCUCGUCUCGUCGCCAUUGUUUCCACAUAAACACAUGAAUGAAUCAAUGAACGAACGUUAUGUUAUGUAUGUACGCGUGUGCAAUGAUAUGAUGUAUCUAUGUGACGACCGUGAUUGCGGUGCAUCGCCAGCACGGGUCUCCAUUCCUGUUCCUUUUCAUUAUCAGCUCUCAGAGCAGUUACCAUUGCCAACACUUGGUGGUGUGCGCGGCUCACAGAAAAUGGAAAAUCGCAGCCAAAAUCGCUGCCCAUCAUGCACGUCGAUUCUGCAUCUCUCCUCUAUCCUUGAAUCGCAUUGAUUGGUAAUUGAUUAUUGUUGCUUGUUGAGAAAGGGUUUCCCCUGCUCCUGCGUUUUGAGAAAUGGCUGGGAACGAGUGGAUUAAUGGGUAUCUGGAGGCGAUACUCGACAGCGGAGCGCCGGCCAUCGAGGAGCUCAAAUCGUCGGCGGUGGUGAAAGGGAAUUUCAAUCCUACGAAAUAUUUCGUCGAAGAAGUUGUGACAGGAGUGGAUGAAAGCGAUCUUCAUAGAACAUGGAUCAAGGUCGUCGCCACCAGAAACACUCGGGAGAGGAGCUCCAGGCUCGAGAACAUGUGCUGGCGCAUCUGGCAUCUCGCUCGAAAGAAGAAGCAGUUGCAAUUGGAGGGUAUGCAAAGAUUAAGCAAACGGAGAUUGGAAAUGGAGCAAGGUCGCAAGGAUGUAACUGAGGAUAUGUCGGAGGACUUAUCUGAAGCAGAGAAAGUAGAAGUUCUUGGAGAAGUGGCUACAAUUGACAGCCCCAAAAGCCCAAGAAGCCCCGGGAGUCCAAAGAAAAAGUUCCAGCCAAACUCAUCGAGUACGGAAGCGUGGUUGGAUAAGAAGCUUUAUAUUGUUCUCAUAAGUUUGCACGGGCUGGUUCGUGGUGAAAAUAUGGAGCUUGGUCGGGAUUCUGAUACCGGUGGUCAGAUUAAGUAUGUUGUAGAGCUUGCCCGGGCCCUCGCUAAGAUGCCAGGUAUAUACCGUGUGGAUCUGUUCACCAGGCAAGUUUCCUCACCCGACGUCGACUGGAGUUAUGGCGAGCCAACAGAGAUGCUCACGACGGGUCCUGAGGAUGCUAACCUUGGAGAAAGCAGUGGGGCUUAUAUAAUACGGAUACCAUUUGGCCCUCCGAACCAAUACCUUAGGAAGGAACUGUUGUGGCCAUACAUACAAGAGUUUGUCGAUGGAGCAUUGGCACACAUUCUUAACAUGUCCAAGGCUUUGGGAGAACAAAUCGGUGGUGGACAGCCUGUCUGGCCAUAUGUGAUUCAUGGGCAUUAUGCGGAUGCGGGAGACAGUGCUGCUCUCCUUUCAGGAGCUUUGAAUGUUCCCAUGGUUCUAACAGGGCAUUCGCUCGGUCGAAACAAGUUGGAGCAGCUUCUUAAGCAGGGAAGGCAGUCCAAAGAGGACAUUGACUCUACUUACAGGAUUAUGAGAAGGAUAGAAGCUGAAGAGCUCUCUUUAGAUGCUGCAGAGCUCGUUAUUACAAGUACAAAGCAAGAGAUUGAAGAGCAGUGGGGACUUUACGAUGGGUUUGAUGUCAAGCUUGAGAAAGUUUUGAGAGCUCGGGCGAGGCGUGGGGUUAGUUGUCAUGGCCGGUUUAUGCCUAGAAUGGCGGUUAUUCCUCCAGGGAUGGACUUUAGUAAUGUUAUUCAAGAAGAUAUUGGUGAUCACGAGGGCGAUCUUGGGGCACUAAUGAAUACUGAGGGCUCGUCUCCACGAGCAGUCCCUGCUAUAUGGUCAGAAGUGCUGCGAUUUUUGACAAAUCCACACAAGCCGAUUAUCUUGGCAUUAUCUCGGCCCGACCCGAAGAAGAAUAUAACAACUCUUGUUAAAGCCUUUGGAGAAUGCCGCGCACUACGCGAGCUUGCUAAUCUAGUUCUUAUAAUGGGGAAUCGGGAUGAUAUAGAUGGGAUGUCCGGAGGAAAUGCCAACGUGCUUAUUACAGUUUUGAAGUUAAUUGACAGGUAUGACCUUUAUGGGCAAGUAGCCUUCCCUAAACAUCACAAGCAGAAUGAUGUUCCUGAUAUCUACCGUCUGGCUGCCAAGACAAAGGGGGUCUUCAUUAAUCCUGCUUUUAUCGAACCUUUUGGAUUGACACUAAUCGAGGCUGCUGCUCAUGGGCUCCCAAUGGUUGCGACUAAGAACGGUGGACCGGUGGAUAUCCAUCAGGCACUUAACAAUGGUCUACUCGUGGAUCCUCAUAAUCAACAAGAAAUUGCGGAAGCACUUCUGAAGCUAGUGUCGGAGAAGAACUUGUGGAAUGAAUGCAGAAGGAAUGGUUUGAAGAACAUCCAUCUGUACUCAUGGCCGGAGCAUUGCCGGACGUAUUUAACAAGGAUUGCUGCGUGUCGGAUGAGGCACCCCCUGUGGAAAACCGACACUCCGACAGAUGAAGCUGCAGAAAGCGAGUCCUUGAACGAUUCGCUUAAAGAUGUUCAAGAUAUGUCUUUGAGGCUGUCUAUCGAUGGUGAGAAAUCAUCUUUAAACGAAUCGACAACCGACGUCACAGCUGCUCAGGCUCCUGCUGGCACAGCUAGUGAUAAGCCUGAGGCAAAAGAUCCUGUUAAGUGGGUCCUCAGCAAAUUGAGACGAAACUCGGCCUCUCGAGAUUCUGAAUCCGACAAGAAACAGGUGGAUUCGAGCAAAUAUCCCAUUUUGAGGAAGCGUCGUAGAUUGAUAGUUAUUGCACUCGAUUGUUACGACAGCCAAGGUGCCCCUGAAAAGAAGAUGAUCAAUGUGAUACAAGAUCUUUUUAAGGCAGUUAAGUUGGAUCAACAGAUGGCCAAAGAAACAGGAUUCGCCUUGUCAACAGCUAUGCCGAUGUCGGAAUUAACUGAAUUUUUUAAGUCCGGGAAAGUUAAAGCGAAAGAAUUUGAUGCUUUGAUUUGUAGCAGUGGCAGUGAAGUGUAUUACCCGAGCGCUUGCGGCAAAAAAGACGGGAAAAAGCUUGUUCCCGAUCCAGAUUAUGCGUCGCAUAUAGAAUAUCGAUGGGGUUCGGAUGGCUUGAAGAAGACUAUUUGGAAACUAAUGAAUACAUCCGAAGGGGACAAAAAUGCUUCUUCCUCUUCACCUUCAAAUGCUAUCAAAGAAGAUGCGAAAUCGAGCAAUUCCCAUUGCCUUUCCUACUUGAUAAAGGAUUUCAGUAAGGCGAAAAAGGUCGAUGAUAUGCGGCAAAAGCUAAGGAUGAGGGGACUUCGAUGCCAUCUAAUGUACUGCAGAAAUUCCACGAGAAUGCAAGUUAUCCCUCUGCUCGCUUCUCGUUCACAGGCCCUCCGGUAUCUAUUCGUCCGGUGGCGACUAAAUGUGUCGAAUAUGUAUGUGGUUCUGGGAGAGACAGGGGAUACGGAUUAUGAAGAAAUGCUUUCGGGGACGCACAAGACGCUGAUCAUGAAGGGCAUUGUGGCGAAGGGGUCGGAGGACUUGAUUCGAUCGCCGGGAAGUUAUGUUAGAGAAGAUAUAGUCCCCGGAAACAACCCCCUGAUCGAAGAAGGCGCGAAGCCGGAAGACAUAGCUGAAGCCAUCACCAAGCUCUCGAAAGCCGGAAACUGAGCAGAGCAGAGCAGAGCAGCUCCAUUGCAUCUAUAUAUACGUAUAUAUAUAUGUGUUCUACGACUACCUCACUUACUCCCUUUUUAAUUUGCUCCCUACGCUUCAGGUCACCGCUUCAGGUCACCUGCUGGUUCGCUUAGUGUAACUUAUCCGUCGGACUUAGUUUGUUGGGUACUAGAUUCUGCCGAAAUUUAUUCCGUGCCCAAUUUUUAAAAAAAAAAAAGAAAAAAGGUUCUGGUGUUUUAUUAGUGUUUGUUACUUCAAAAAUAAUUGGAAAUAAUUAGUUAAAUUAUAUGUACGAAUAAUUUUGUAUUAUUCAAUUGCCUUAAUUCGUUUCUUGUA